AGCAUGCUGGUCAGAUCUGCCUUGAGUGAGUUAUACCCCUCUCACUGGGUUGAUUUUCUAUAUAAGUUCCUCGUUUCCCCCAGAAAACCAUCUACUUAGCUCUUUAUCCAAGGCUUGUACAAGCAACGUUUCUUUGUAUUUCUGACUGUCCCAUCACCAAAUUUCCUUUUUUCUAUUACUAUUUAUCACUCAACAUGCCCCCCAGAGGACGAAAGCCGGUUGAAAAAUGGUCCAUGUACCCAGCACUCCACGACGACGUCUGUCGCCUACUAGACGAAGAAGACCUCACUCUCGACUUCUACACAAUCGACGAAGAUGACGGUUGCACCGAAGACCGCGACACGAACAUUAUGGGCCGAUUUAUAUGCCACAACAGCGCCUGUAAAUCGAGCGGAUGGUCGAGCAAGAAAAUCGCCAUCACAAUACGCAUGUACCCCGGACAGAGGUACAAUGCAAGAGUAUACCACCAACGCUGCAAGAGCUGCAAAAGUCUCAGUCGACCUAUUCUGGAUAGUUCUUAUGCGGAACGAGUCACGUACUGGGUUAAGAAGUGGAAUGGGAUUGAGGUGGAGAGGCCGACUACAUUUAGUGAGAGCAGAGGUCCGCAUAAUAGUCGACUGUGUGAGGGAUGCAAGGCUGGUCAUUGCAGUGAGUUGAGACGCGAGAAUUUGGUUACAGUAAUGAGCAGGUUGGCUAUCUAGAUCUGGUAAACAUAUCAGGAUGGAUGAGCAUUUUGAAAUCACAGUUUAUACGAACUGGGAUAAUGCUGAAUGCCGUUUUAUUGUUA